AGUACAAAACUUUACAUUUGAUCCUAUAGCAUUAUAUCUGUAAAGAACCUGUUCAAAAUCAAACCAUGUCUAAACCAGCUGCUUACCUGGUUUCCGGUGCAAACGGUACAACGAUGCUGGGACCUCUGUUGUUGAAACAUAAAUUUCUGACAAGUAAAGAAGCAGGCAACCAAGUUUUGUAUGCGAAGGCAUUGCAAGCAUCUGAAAGACUCACUGAGGGUCAAGACAAGACCUCGGAUCAAGUACCUGUUUACGCAUUAGUGUCCAAGGAGAUAAAACUGUCCACCGCGAUACAUCCUUUUGAAUCUUGGGACGGCGAAACACUUUGUAUGACCUUAGGUCAGCAGUGGGUGGACAGACAAGAAAUAGUUAUUUUCUGUGUUAAGGAGAAGAUCAUUGUGACUUCUGGAAACUCUUACAUACAUACCAUGAAAAGCAAUAGGAAGCAGUCAAUUUCUGUUGACAUCUUAUUAUCAGAAAAUAAUCAGUCGUCACUAGGAAAUCACACAAACCUUAUACAGUUAACAAGGAGCGAGAAGUCAGUUCUAGAAGAUAAGAAACAUGAAAAAAGCAAGUUGGAGAAAGUUAAACCUCAACAGAGUGAAGCGUCUAGGAAAGUUGUCAUAGAAAGUACCUCUAGGGUCUCAACUUUCUUGCCAGUGAAUGCCAAUGUCACACACUCCACGCCCAAAAUGCCUCCUCCUGAGAAACCUCCACCUAUCGUUCCUCCACCUCGGUCAGCUUCUCUUCAGCACAAACCGGAAGCAGACGAGGAACCAGACGACUUUGUUCCCGAGCUACUUAGUCUCAAGAACAUCAAUGAUUCAAAUCCGCUGGCCCGAGAUACCGGAGGAAAGGAAAUGACGUCACACAAUAAAAAGCUGGAGCACUACGACGAAGGAGAAAAACAUUCUAUCAGUUUGCCUGUCCGUGCAGUUUCUACUAGCGGUCCUCACUUUUUUCGUGUACAUAGCCCUGAAAUCGACUUUAAAAAGAGGAUCAGCAGUAAAUUAUCAGAACCUUUACCCGGUGAUGAGGAGGACGAGGACUUUCACAAAAACAAAAAGGGCACCAAUCCUCUAAAGAAGUUUUUUGCGCGAAAGAAAGGCAAAUACGAUCCGUCUGCAGACGGUGAUGGCUUUGAAUCAACGUUACCUUCGUUUGGCUUCGAAAACAAAGAGGCCAAAAAGAAAAAGAAAAGUGAGCCAAAAAAGAAAACGAAAGAAAAAGAAAACAAAAGAUUGAAAAAAACAGAGCCAACAAAAGCCAAGAUAUCUAAAGAGAACAUUAUUGUAGUGAAGUCGUCUGGGAAAUGUUUAACCGAUUUAAACUUCACUCUGGAUGGUCCAGAGAUUGACUCCGGCGAAAACGAUUUGGAGAAACAAAACAGUUCUAGCGACGGAAGCUCUGACUUGAUUCACUCAAUGGAGAAAGACGCAGAAGACGAUUACAAUGAAAUGGAUGAAGGCGGUAUUUACGCCAACUUCCCAACGGUUCUCAGAAGAAAUUUCAGUAGCGGGCACAGAGUAGAUCCCCCCACUGUGCCUUCAGAAGACUCUUCCGAGUCAGACCCCGAAAAUGAAUACAAUGAACCCGAGGAUAAUGACGCUGAUAAUACGAGCAAAGAAACUAGCAGUCAAAGCGAUGAAAGUGCCAGUGUUGAGAAUGAACAUCAUCAGGACGGUGAAGAAGACGACGAUGACGAGAACUAUGUCAACAACGCGAUCCUUCUAGCCAAAAUGAAUAAGUCGAAUUCUUCUCCCAAGGCACCGUCGUCGGUUAGCAGUGAAGGGAGCUCAACAAACAGCGAAAACCAGGGAUGCUACAUUAUAAAUCCUGAAGAGAAGCUAGAAGAAGACAUGACAGUGAGAGGCGUAGAGGAAGAUCACACUUUGAUGGAGAACUCUUCUUCCCCAGCAAUCAUCAGGGAGAAAACACUUGAAGCUAAACUCCAGGAGACUACUUCAGCAAAAGCACACAUUUCAACUAAAGGCAACUUAAUCAAGAAAGUUGGCACUAUGGACAAUUUGGCUCCUAAAGAAAACACUAAAAACGUAGUAGAUAAAAGUGAGAAAAAUAUUCAUUCAGGCAUUAAAAGAAAUAUUCAAGUAGUUGACGAUAGUCUCAUAUCCAAAACGAUAAAUGACAGUCGUGAUGAUUUGGAAAAUAUCAGCAGCAACGAGACUCUCUCUGCGGGUAUCGAGCAUAAAGAAAUAUUUCUUCAACCUGACAAGGAAGCCCAUCUGUUAGUCCAACCAAUAUCAGAGCUACGCACAGAUGUCACAUCACAGGCAACUACAACAUUGGAGUCCAGCAAACAAGAAAAAGUACUCCUCAAGCAACUAAGUCAAAAAAGUUUAAAAGAAAGCUCCAUUGCUAAUAAGUCUGAGCUUGCAGGUCCAGAAAAUGAAACAAACAUCAAAACAAUAUCAGGAAACAUCACUAUUCAAAGUCCAAACUUAAUAUCAGAGGAGAAAAAGCCACAUGUUCACAAGAAAGAUAUAGAUACUAUCAGAGAUGGCACAACUCGCAAAGCUACACAAAAUACAUUCCAAGAGACUAAGACUGAGAACGUGACAACUAAUAAAUUGCUGCAUGCCACAGAAAGGCUAGAAGUACAUAACAAAGCUAUUAAUAAGGAAACAACUAUCCUCACUACUCAAAAUACUCCUAAAAUGACAACGUCGUCUGGGUCAGUCGUCACUAAGCCAUCCAUUCCACCGCCCACAAAACCUAAACCACCAGCAUGGAAAACGAAAGCGUUGUUGAACAAUACUGAUAGUGCCGAGCAGGUAAGUGAUCACCAGGUGGCGCCAAAACCAAAACUUACGUCACGAGGCUCCGAAGAGAGCAUUAAUAAAAAACUGAUUGCUGGUGCUUUGAAGGAAUUGGACGAAUUCAUUGACAAGGAGAUCAGUCUCGAAACGACAUCUAAAAGUCAGGAUGCUAAGAAGCAAGAAUCGCUUGCAAAAGGAUUCGGCGCAUCCAAUCAAAGCUCUGUAGAUAAGGAUUACGAAAAGUUUAUUUUUGCACAUAAAGAUGUAAGCCCAUCGAAAGAUAACGACAGUCAGCCUCUACAUGGCAUAAACUUGAAUAAAGACAAAUUAUCUGUGAGUAGUUAUAAGUCCACGGAAAAUAACACAAAUUUUCAUAUUGCUGGUGAUUCUCAACUUGGAAGGUACGAACGUGUUGUUAGCUGCAGUAUACCAGGCGAACCCAUGGGUCCUAAUAGUUCUGCAGUAACAGCAUCACAGGCUGCUGUUGAAAAUCAGCAGAAGUCACCGAGUGAAGCACCAUCUCAAGACUGUGGUUACGAGGAUAUGGUGGAUCAGAUUUCUAAAAACAACAUGGUGGAGAACACUAGUAAGGACAAAAUUUAUGACGAAAUCGGGGACUCAGACGAUGAAAACCUGUCUCCGACGUCCCGGUGUUUUAAGUUUCACUGGAAGAAGAAAGAGAGAAAAGACGAGGGAGACUACGCACCAGGAAGUGACAAAAACACUCAAGAGACUAAAGAAAAAAAGACAAAAGAUUUAAAAAGCAGUAAAGCGAAAGAGGAGGGCAAAGAUAAUGAACCGAUUGAAAACGACAAGAAAGAUAAGAAACGAAAGAAGAAAAAUAGUUCAAGUAAAAAGCCAACAUCAAAGAAGGAAUCUAAGCGAGACAAAUCUAAAGAGUCUUCAACUUCUUCAGAUACAUCAGAAUAUUCGGAUUAUGAAGUAUUUGAAGACAAUAGUAAUGUUAAAUCUUUUAAAAGUCAAAUUGGAAGCUCAAAAACUCAGAGCCCACAAGUAGAUAAAAUGAAACUUGAUAACGCAGAUUCUUACGGCUAUGAAAUCCCAGCCAAACUGGACAUUCAAGAAACUCUUUCGGACAAUGGGAAAGAAACAAGGCAAUCCAACAAUAUGACACUCAAGACUGAUGAUUUAUCAUUGUACCAUGGAGAUGUCAAGAAAAUCCAGAGUCAUUCAAGCCAAAACAUUGACCGAGACUUCAAUUCAGAGGUUCAGAAAGAUUCAACAAAUUCACAGAUUCUAAGUAAAAGAAUAUCAGGGUCAGUGACUUUAAUUCAAGCAGAGGAUAAAAAAAUGACACACGAAUUGACCCAAAACAAAAAGGAUCGUGAGCAGUUUUUGAGCGGAUCAAUUUCUCUAAAUCAGGGACAGACAUCUAUAAACAGUACAGACUCCAAGGUAGUUUUCGUUGAUAAUUCCAGUAAAAAGGAAGGGCCACUUGUUACGAACCAGGAUCGUCUGGGGUCAACGACUUCUCAGAAGGAUAAAAAACUAGAAAAGGUUAUAGAGCCAGCUAUUGUCAUUAACACCGAUGCUUUAGUUAAAAACAGGCUUGCAAUGUUCCAAUCAAAUUCUAACAAUAUUUUAGGAAACCAAACAGAAACGAAUCGAAAAAAGAAGAGAGAUAAAAAAGAUAAAACGUCUAAAAGUUGUCUUUCAUCAUCGUCGUCAUCAUCUUCUUCAUCGUCAUCCUUAUCAGAUUCCGAAGAAGGAACAAGUAGGAAAAAGAAAGAAAAGAAAAUCAAAUCUAAACCUAAGAUUCCUAAAGAUUGCCAGGUUUCAACGCAAGAAAUAACCAAAGUUUCUCUGGAUGCAUCAUUUACUAAACCAAACAUGAAUGAUUUUAAUUUAAAAAACAAAGAAAGAAAUAAAGUGGCACCAGAAGAUAAAGAAUCAAAGAAUAAAGAGGCCAAGGAGAAAAAAGAAAACAAAGAACAAUCCAAAAACAAAAAGGACAAAGAGAAGAUUGAAGAUAAACCAAAGAUCAAUGAGAAAAAUGAAGACGAAAAAACCAUACCAAAAAAAGAGGAUAAAGACAUCUCUGAUAGCAAUAAAGAUACCAAACCUAAAGAGACAACAGUAAAAGAAAAGAAAGAGAAAGAAAAGAAACAGCUGAACGUAAGUUCGAGCCAUAACAGUAAUAAAGAUUUGAAUGCACAUUUGGACAAACUCUCAUUUCCUACAGAAAGUAGAGGCAUUCCGAAAACUCUGCAUGGAGAAAUACACCAUGCACAGGAUAUGAACAUUCCCGUGGACAUUCCAGACGCUUCUGCUACAGUAAUGGUUAAUGACUCAGUGAGAAUAAUGAAGAGUCCUGAACAUACAAAUCAAAAGAUAGCGAUUAAAGGUAUUGACAUUUCUUUCAAGUCUCCGUCACAAGAAAUCAAUCUCAAGCCCACCCAACCAUUGGAAGCUUUAAGUAAGGAAAACGUAGCCAAACCAAAAGAAACUCAUAGCAGAGAUAACAAAAUGGACGCCAUGAGUGCAGUGAAUCUAGAGGUCAACAAAGAGCAGACACUACCGACUACUGAUGCAGUUUCCAGUGUUUUCCAAAUUCCUUACAUACAGAGCUUUUCGGAAAUUGAUGACGACCCCUGGAAGGAUUACUCUGCUCUGGAAUUUGGUGGACUGUCAAAAGAAUCACCUGGCAUAAAAGGAGAAUUCGAACGGAUGAAGAUCAACACCUCAGACCUUGACACUAAUUGGAUGUUGAGGACUACUGACACGGCUGAUAGAACAACCUCGCUGCCGCCUGAUCACGUGGCUCCCCCCGUACCCAGGGUGAGAUCAAAGUUGGGUCUUUAUAGCGAGUCUGUAGAUAUUUCAAAACUGCCAGCUACCAAAAUUUCUUCAAUCAAAAAUGAAGAGACACCAAGUAAAUCUGAUCACGAGAACAGUGAAUAUGAUUCAGAUAUUUAUGCAGACGGCACUAGCGAAUCCAACGUUGAACAGAGUAAAGAAGAAGCUCUCAAGGUAAUUGUCCCACAGUUGAGCCUUAAACUUGAGCGCGUCAGUGCUCAGGGGGAAGAACCACCGGAAGACCACGAAAAUGAUGGAAGCAAAGAAACAACAAACGAGACUCGCGAUUACGAUCACGUUCCAGUGAGGAUGAGGAAGCUGGUCAACGCUAAGCCAGUCUUCCCUGGACUAGUUAUGUCCGCUUCUCCAACGACCUCUAGCCCCACUGCGUCGGAAGUAUUCUUCACUAAACGAAGCACUAAAGGACCACACUCUGGAGGUCCCGAGUACGCACAGCCAUGGGAGGAGAAGAAACUAGAGACACUAGCUCCAAGUUCAGCAGCACUACCUUCUGAGACGAUUGUGACCACAAGUUCCAGAUCAUCCAGUGAACCCUCUUCUGGAAAGGGAUCAUUUAGUGGGGCCCGCCUAUCGUAUACAUCAGAAGACAUGAACGAGGAAAUAGGGUUUGGUAUGGGAGAUGCCCACAGACUGAACAGAAUAGAUCCUAACACCAGCACCAAGGCUAAAACGAAACAUAAAGUGCCAGAAGAUGAGUCGAAAAAAGGAAACCGUCUCAAAUCUUUAACUUCACUAUUUCACCGAAAGAAGAAAGAUAAGAAAGACACAAACCAUAGUGACGAAGACGACAAUGAAGAUGACAAUGAAAGUAAUGAUGACGAUGAUGUCAGUGACACCAAAGACAAUGAAGGCAAAACCAAGAAAAGAAAAUCAGACAAACAUAAAAAAGAAAAGUCUGAAAAACCAAAGAAACCCAAAAAGCCAUCCAAAAGUGAGAAAAAUCAAAGAUUGUCACAGGAGGUGGAACCCGAGAAUGUGGAAAUGACGGACUCAAACUGGAGGCCACUGUGCAGGCUUCUUAAAAUCAACGAUGAUGGGUCUAGAGUUUUGGAAAUGUCGCGACCCCAAUCUGAACCACUCGGGAUAUUUUUCAAAAAGGGACCAGAAACACAUAAGGAAGGCUUAGUAGUCAAAUCCUUCCUGGACAAGCACGCCAAGAGACUGUUCGCUGGACUGCUGCGAGUCGGGGAUGAGAUAGUGGAAAUAGAUGAUGAAGACAUUUGCCACUUAACUCUCGACGAGAUCAAAGACCUCAUUCAGCAGAAAGAAUCGAUGGUUCUCAGCCUCAGGUCAACUGAAGGCACCUUAUAAUUUAAGGAACAUUUCACAUGUCAUA